CUUCAAUCACAUUUGUAAACCUUUCCCGCCACCUCUGAGAAAGUUGCUGCGUCUUGAUACAGCUUGCAAUGCCACUCGUCCCUGACUUCUGCCAUGGCAAGUGCUUCUGAACAAAGGUGCUGAGAGCUAUCGACGAGGCGGUCGCCUGGUAUGGAGAGGUGUUGCUCCUCUUUGGAGAUGGAGAUAGGGCGGCACGCCUUCCGUCUGCUGCGCCUGGUGCAUCUCAAUGCCCACAGGCCCUCGCUGGCGCCCCGCUUGCACAGCUUCCCAUCGCUGCUGCGCCCCAUCACGGCUGGCAUUGGUGGGGCGCCGGACAUGACCGCAGUGUUGGGCUCACCUUUGCGCGUUGGGACGGUGGGGAGUGCCCAGCAGGCGGACUGGAGGGGGGGGCUGCUGCAGAGCGGGGGCUCCGCCUUCGGCAUGACGCGGCAGUUUGGGGUGCGCUGCGCUGCUGUGGCUGAUGUGGGGGUGGUGGACGCAACAGGCCCUGACACUGAGGCAGCGCCAGCAGCGGGAGGUCCAGGCGCCCAGGGUGGUGAGGGGGGCAAGGCCUACGAUGCGGGCCAGAUCCAGGUACUCAAGGGGCUGGAACCGGUGCGCAAGCGGCCGGGCAUGUACAUCGGCAGCACCGGGGCCAAGGGGCUGCAUCACCUGGUGUGGGAGGUGGUGGACAACGCCAUUGAUGAGGUGCAGGCGGGGUGUGCCACCAGGGUGGACGUGGAGCUGCUGCCGGACGGGGCCGUCAGCAUCACCGAUGACGGCAGGGGGAUCCCCACUGACACGCACCCCGCCACCGGCAAGUCGGCGCUGGAAACGGUGCUGACGGUGCUCCACGCGGGUGGCAAGUUUGGGGGCGAGAGCGCUGGGUACCGCGUGUCCGGGGGCCUGCAUGGGGUGGGCGUCUCGGUGGUCAACGCGCUGUCGGAGCGCCUCGAGGUCACCGUGUGGCGAGGGGGGCUCGAGUACAGGCAGGCCUACGAGCGGGGGAAUCCGGUGACCGCUUUAGAGACGCGGGACGUGGCCUCCAAUGGGGCCCCGCGCAGUGGCACGCGCAUCCUGUUCAAGCCAGACCCCAAGGUUUUCAAGGAGUCGGCCACCUUCGACUUCGACACCAUCUGCACGCGCCUGCGCGAGCUCGCCUUUCUUAACAGUGCCGUCACCAUCGCUGCACGCAACCACGCGGCCGACCGCCGCGAGGUGUUCCAUUUUGCAGGGGGCCUGCGCGAGUACGUGCAGUGGGUCAACCGCGACAAAGACGCGCUGCACGAGGCAAUUGCCUUCUCCACGCACAAGGACGGCACCCUCGUCGACUGUGCGCUGCAAUGGUGUGCCGAUUCAUACUCGGACACCAUUCUCGGGUAUGCCAACAGCAUUCGGACAAGCGACGGGGGAACACAUCUUGAAGGCAUGAAACAGGCCAUCACCCGGACUCUAAACGCUCUCGCUCGAAAGAGCGGCAAGCUGAAGGAGAAGGACGCGAAUCUGGUGGGGGAGCACGUGCGCGAGGGGCUGACGUGCGUGGUGAGCGUCAAGGUGGUGGACCCCGAGUUCGAGGGGCAGACCAAGACGCGGCUGGGCAACCCGGAGGUGCGCAAGACCGUGGACGCCGCCGUCGCGGACGCCGUCGCCGAGUACCUCGACUUCCACCCCGACACGCUGGACGCCAUCCUCAGCAAGGCGCUCCAGGCCGCCAAGGCUGCGGAGGCGGCCAAGAAGGCGCGCGAGCUGGUGCGGCGCAAGAACGUGCUGACGCGGUCCACGCUGCCGGGCAAGCUGGCGGACUGCUCCAACGGGGACCCCACGCAGUCGGAGAUCUUCAUCGUGGAGGGCGACAGCGCGGGCGGCAGCGCGAAGCAGGGCCGCGACCGGCGCUUCCAGGCCGUGCUGCCGCUGCGGGGCAAGAUCCUGAACGUGGAGCGCAAGGACGACGCCAGCAUCUACAAGAACACCGAGAUCCAAAACAUGAUCCUCGCACUCGGCCUCGGCAUCAAGGGUGAGGAGUUUGACGUAGCGGCGCUGCGGUACCACCGCAUCAUCCUGCUGACGGACGCUGACGUGGACGGCGCGCACAUCCGCACGCUGCUGCUGACCUUCCUCUUCCGCUACCAGCGCGCGCUCUUCGAGCAGGGCCACGUGUACGUGGGCGUGCCCCCGCUGUAUAAGGUGGAGCGCGGGCGGGCGGUGCACUACUGCUACACGGAGGUGGAGCUGCAGCGCCACCUGGCGCGCUUGCCGCAGGGUGGGCCGCAGGCCACCAUUCAGCGCUUCAAGGGGCUGGGCGAGAUGAUGCCGGCGCAGCUGUGGGACACGACGCUGGACCCUGCGCAGCGCAUGCUGAAGCGGCUGACCGUGGACGAGGCCGCGGAGGCCAACAUCAUGUUCAGCCUGCUCAUGGGCGACAAGGUCGGCCCCCGCAAGGAAUUGAUACAACGACUGGGGCCGCAGAUGCGGCUAGAGAUGUUAGAUGUGUAGGGCUUAUCUAAUUUGGAAGAUAUCAGGGAGGCGACGUUCGUUACGUCGUGGUCAACGCAUUCGUGUUUCAGCAGCUAUCGUCAAUCACUGAAUCGCGUUAAGAUUCUAAUACAGAAGCGUGCACUUGGUACAAUUGAAUGACCACCAACAGCUUGGUGAAUGGAGCUUCAAGUUGAGAUCCAUUUCUCGUACUCGAAAUAAGAUGCAAGUACCUACUCAAUUGCGGCGCUCCUGAUACGCCGUGCUCGAUAUUUUUAUUAACACUGAACGAUGCAAAGUAUGAAGACCCCUUGUCUGAUUGAUUGUCAGACUUUGCGGUGCCAGUAAACCGAGCUUAGUUACAAUUAUAGUAUAAGCUAGCUGCCAGCGGCGAUCAACGGCGGCCGCAGACAGUGCUAGGG